UUCUAACCCAAACAUCAAUUAAACAUCUCCAAUUCACAAUGGCAGAAUCUGACAAAUUGCAAGCUUUUAAUGACACUCUCAAAGAGUCCAAACAUGUCGUUGCCUACUUUACUGCUCCUUGGUGUGGUCCAUGCAAAGCAAUCGGUCCCGAGUUUGAAAAACUCGUAGUUGAGUAUCCCAAUAUCAAAUUCGUUAAGGUCGACGUGGAUGACCAAGUUGAGAUUGCUCAAGAAUAUGGAAUAAGAUCCAUGCCAACUUUCAUUUUCUUCGUGGGCGGCCAAAAGGUUUUUGAUCUCGUGGGUGCUAAGACCGAUCUGCUUAAAGAAGGGGUUGCUAGGCUCGCUAGCCUCCAGCAGUAG